AUGUAUUAGAAGAUUAAAAAAAACAAAUAAAAGCCUAUCCAAUACUAAAAUUUAAAUCCCUUCAAAGAAACAGAAAAAAAGUACAAAUUCUAUGCUGGUCUCCAAACCGAUUUUAGUGAACUCAUCGAUGUCAACAAUCUAAAUGAACAAUAAAUGGAACAACAAGGAAUUCAUAAGAAUGGAUCUGUCCAUCGAUUCGAUUACCCCCAAGGAGUCAUCCUAGUCAAGGGUUUCCUCAACCUAGACGAUUAAAUUAGCAUCUCCAAAUUGUGCAUGAACGAAUACAUCAAUCAACCCUACAGAACCAAUCUCUUCAUCUACAAAGAAGACGAGAACUUCGACAAAUUCAUAGUCCACGAUGACAAGAAAUAUCACUUCAAUAAUAAAAUCAGAUGGGCAAAUGUUGGCUAUCAAUAUGAUUGGAACAAUAGACACUACCCUCCAGAAAAAACACAAGUGCCUGAUCCAAUCUAAGAGAUAUCUCAAAGAGCCAACAACUUCUUAUAAUUGCAAAAUCACUACCAAAGUGAAUCAGUCAUUAUCAACUUUUAUUAAUCUCAUGAUUACAUGACAGGACAUUUAGAUGAUGCCGAACUAGAUCAAGAUUCUCCUAUCUACUCCUUUAGUUUUGGAUUGUCAAGUGUUUUCGUCAUCGGAGGACCAACCAAAGAUGAAAAACCUGUUGCAAUUAAGUUGGACUCCGGAGAUUUACUAGUUAUGAGUGGCCAUGCUCGGAAAUGCUAUCAUGGAGUACCCAGAGUCCUUGAAAAUUCAUUUCAUCCUAUAUAAAACCCCUUCCAAUAAUCAAAGCUUGUUGCUAAUUUAAAUACUGAUUUUCAUGUUUUUAAUUACUUAACCGAACACAGAAUUAACAUCAAUACAAGAUAAGUCUACAAGCCACUAUUAGGAUAAUGA